GUUUGUGAAGUUGUCUAAUUUUGAUCGAGCACGUGUUUCGGUGACUUGUCGGGGUUGCAGCAGCAGCAGCAGUGGUGAUCACUUGUUUCGGGCUUUCCCAGUUGGAAAAGCCAUUACAAUAACGUUCACGUGUUUUACAACUUGUUGUCUUUGGGGGUGUGAGACACGAGAAAAAAAACUUUAAUUGAACCAGUGAGAAGUGUAUUUUUCGCGCGUGUCAUUUGUGUAAUCUUCGUGUGGAUUCAACGCGAGAGGCCUUGGAACCGGUUUCGGAAUUUGUGUUGUAAAGUUAUCGGGGGAAUAUUUCGUCUCAUGGGCGUAUAAAAGAAAGUGAGUUGACAAAUAUCGGAAAGCACUAUGAAGCUCUUUAGGGCUGGUCAUUGGUGGCCGUUCGGGCUGCUGUUAAUGUUGUUGCUAAUUGUUGCUGUUGAUAUUGUGCGUGGAAGGACAUCGGAGAAGUUAAAAGUUACGCUGCCUCACGGAGGAACACUGGUAGGACGCUAUUUGCACUCGUUUAGUGGAAGAGGAAUUCUCGCUUUUUUGGGAGUUCCAUAUGCUAAACCACCGGUGGGGGAGCUCAGAUUUAAGGCUCCGGUGCCGUUCGGUGGCUGGACCGGUGAACGAGGUGCCAUUCUGGACGCUCCUCUUUGUACGCAGCGGGAUCCUUACCGGCGAGAUGUGCAGAUAAGUGGUGUGGAGGACUGCCUGCAGCUAAAUGUGUACGUUCCGGAACGGCCGGAAGCUGACGAGGGCUCACUGCCGGUGAUGGUGUUCUUUCACGGUGGUGGCUGGCAGUGCGGCUCCGGAACGAGAAACUUCUACGGGCCGGACUUUUUGCUGGAUCACGAUGUCAUCUACAUUGGGGCCAACUUUCGGCUGGGUCCACUCGGAUUUCUUAGCACCGAACAGGAGGACUGCCCGGGCAACAAUGGGCUGAAGGAUCAGAAUUUGGUACUACGAUGGAUUCAGGCUAAUAUCGCAUCCUUUGGAGGAAAUCCUGGACUGGUUACGGUGUUUGGCGAGAGUGCCGGUGGAGCUAGUGGAACGUAUCACAUGAUGUCACCCCUCUCGGAGGGACUGUUUCAUCGUGUGAUUUCGCAAUCCGGUGUCAAUCUGGAUUCUUGGGCACAACCGACGCAUCCGGGAGUCGCUCGGAAACGAGCUGUGCAGUUGGGUGAGAUGCUCGGAUGCACACAGGGAAGACAGCAAAAUUUCCGAGAGAUGGUGCGAUGCCUGCGGCAAGUAUCAGCUGAGGACGUUACCAAGGCUUUCUAUGGAUUUUUCGUUUGGGACACGGAUCCGAUGAUUCCGUUUCCACCGGUGGUAGAGCCUGAUUUGCCUGGAGCAUUUAUCACGAAGCAUCCGAGAGAGGAAUACGAACCGCACGGAUUAUCGUUGCCAUGGAUGACCGGGCUAACACUGGACGAGGGAGCACUCAAAAGUGCAUCGCUCAUCAACCUGCCAGAACUGCGGGCCAGUCUUAAUGAAAACUGGAACCAAGCACUUCCCAUUUCGCUGAAUUAUGACCAUCAUGAAGAACCAGGCCGGCAGGACGCAAUCACUGCCGCAAUUAACCGAUUUUAUUUCAACGACCGAAAGUUGGUAAAGGAGACGGAGCAAAAUUUAACGAAUCUAUACACCGACGCGUGGUUCCUAGCCGGUAUGGAUGAAUACCUACACAUUCGGCUGAAAGGUGACAAACGGAGAACUGGCUCUCGGGCGGGUCCAACGUAUGUCUACCUUUUCGCCCAGCGGACUGCUGCCAGCUUUACUGAAAUAUUCGAAGGUGGAAAGGAGAACUAUUACGGUGUUUGCCACGCCGAGGAGCUGCAGUUCCUGUUCCCGAUCGCGAAAGAUCUAUUCGUUACCGCGAUACCUACACCCGAGGAGCUGCAAAUUCGUAGAGUCCUGACCAAAUUAUGGGUCAAUUUUGCUCGCACUGGCAAUCCAACACCAGACCCGGUCGACGAUGCAAUCCCCCGUUGGCCUCAAGCGAAGGGUUUCCCUCUAACCUACCUGCGGAUAGGCAGUUUGGAUCCCACUAAGCAAGCACUGCUCGCUGUAGAGAGCGGAUUGUUCGAAGAGCGGGCGGCUUUCUGGCGAGAUCUCAAAGCACAUCAUUCACCGCAACACAUCGCUGCAAAGGAUGAAUUGUAAUCCGGCCUUAAUUACUAAUGAACGAAAUAGAAAAAUUAUCACUUCAAAGUUCAAUGAUCGUAAAUAAAAUGAGUUAGUAAUCCGUAUUAUUAUUUUUUAAACGCAUGUUCCGCACCUGAAACCAAAAGGGGGUAGCUGAAAAAGGUAAGCGGCUUACGUGUUGAAAUUGAAAUAAAAUUUCACUCCACUAAAUUUAAUUUAUGUUACGUACCGAUGGAGGUUAUUUUUCGCUGCUAAUCGGCUUUUCUGGUUGGUUUUGCUCGUCAAGAGACAGCAUUCGGUGUUGCAAUCAAUUCUAGCAGUUCACUGUAAGCAUUCCGCUUGAUGUUAUCAAUCGGGGAUCGCACUAAUUCACUUGUGCAUGUAAGUACACUUCAUGGUGCACUACUUUUACCACAGCGGAACCUCGUGAUGGCAUCACAACCACCCGGAUUCCGUUCCUACAGAUGAUGAGCUUUUCUCUGUAGCAUGACGAUAACACGGCAGGGAUUGCUUCAUUUCCCCGGAUCGACGGCACUAGAACUGUCUGCUUUUCAUUUCCGUUUGAGCACUCGACAUGAUAGAGCUGCCUGAGCCCCGACCUCAGCUUUUCAAAUAAAUUUAAUACAACAUUGCCAAUAUCCAGCAAUUGAUUGCCUUUUUCAUUCGAAAGUCGAAGCACUAGCUUGAUGAAAAUUGCUUUUACUCGCUUUUCCCACGUUGCUGUGGACGGAAAACGGGGAAAUGUGAGGGCAGGCAGCUGAUGCCGCAAUUUGUUCUCGAUUAUCAUGUUGUAAUCGUUCGUCUGACGGAACUAGCGGUACACUGACUGAAGCCGAGCGACGUUACACCCACUCAAACUGAUAAAAUACUGAACGCUUAUCCUCAUGUUCGAUUGAAUAUUCGUCAGUUAGUGUGAUUCGUUAAUCUCGAGAGCAUUUGCUUCCGAAAAAUUGAACAUUUCUUGUUAAAAAAUAGCUAAGGCUGAUGUUAAUAAAGUUGACAAAAUAUUAUGUUUCGUGUUUGUCUAAAAAAUCGCCAAACAUUUAAAGUUUGAAACACGUGUAAAAACUAAUAUCAACCAACAUGAAAUUCGAUUGAAAUUAAUCUAUGAAUAAAUCAUUGAAAAUAUAUUAAAUUUUACAAAAACCACCGACAUAAAAGAAUGUACACAUAAUAAAAUAACGAAAAACAUAAACAAGUAGUAAUAGAUUGCAUUGUGUAAAAAAGAAAAUAAAACUAUGCAACAUUUAGAUUUUUAUCAAAAUCACAGAAAAGAAUGAAUGACGAUUUGAAAUAUCUCGACGAAACGCUAAGAAAAAUUAUUAUGAUGUAACAAAGAUACUGAAACUGAUAUGCAAAUUAAACUGGGUAGAAACAAAGUUUGAUAAUAAAGUAGAAAAUUAAAGAAAAAAAAUUGCUUCAUUGAUUGCAAAAGUAAGAAAAUGAAAUCUAAACUGAAAAAAGCAGCAAAACAAUAAGCCGGUUUCCAAACAAUGCUCACUACUGAGUAAAUGCAUGAAAUGCGAAAAAUGGGAGAGUAUUACAAGGCUGUUAGACGCAUAGAGUUAUCGGUGUUGCGGUUGCGUGAUCGAAAACGCAUCUGACCAGGGAUUAGAAGUGAGUUCGGGGGUUUGAGUCCCACCAUCGGCUGCACUAAAUUUUUUUUAGGUUCUAGUAUGCUAUUUUCAGCUAAUUCAUUU